AUGGGUAAAAAGUCCAAAUCGCAGUCUAAAUCGGACACCAAGGCCCCUGCCGCUGGCGGGCUUCCCUUCCUCGGAGCCAGCUCUGGUCUGGACCCGAGUCUGUCCUCGCUUUUCGAAAAAAGUGCGGGCCCAGUGCAAGCACCAGUUCAGAAAUACGUCGAACGUUAUACCGCCAAGAAGGCCGAAGAGGGUGAGGAAGAUGAAGCAUCUGCAUCGGAGGAGGAAUCUCCUGGCUCGGAGGAUGAAGUGAUGGGUGACGCUCCUGAGGAGGGCAGUGAAUCCGACGCUGCGGAAGAAAAGACAGCCGACAUCCAGAGCCGCAAACGCAAGAGAGGUGAUGCGGGAGAUGAUCUUGAGGCGUCCUACAUGCGUCGCAUUGAGAAGGAGGAGCGCAAGGAAGAGGAAAAGAGAAAGACCGAGCGAGCGGAGCGUCAAAAGCCCGCCAAGGAAGACGACGCUAGCGAAGAAUCCGACGAUAAGAAGGAGGCAGAAGACAGCGACGAGGAAGAGACGACCUCCGCGCCGGUCCAUGAGAGUGUCUCGGGAGGCCCCAAGUCGGCCGAGGUCGAAAAGUCCAGCCGAACUGUUUUCCUGGGCAACGUUUCUACCGACGCUAUCAAGUCCAAGGCCGGCAAGAAAACUCUUCUCCGUCACCUGGCCUCCUUCUGCUCGACGCUGUCUGAAUCGACUGGCCCGCACAAGGUUGAGUCGAUUCGUUUCCGCUCUACUGCGUUUGCCAGUGGUGGUGGUGUUCCCAAGCGCGCUUCGUUUGCCAAGAGGGAUGUUCUUGAUGAGACUACGCCCAGCACCAAUGCGUAUGCCGUCUACACCACCGCUCAGGCUGCUCGCAAGGCCCCUGCUGCGUUGAACGGUACCGUCGUUCUCGACCGUCACUUGCGGGUCGACAGCAUUGCUCACCCGGCUGCGAUUGAUAACAAGCGCUGUGUGUUUGUGGGCAACUUGGAUUUCGUCGACCAGGAGGGAGCCACUGACGAGUCCGGCAAGAAGAAGAAGGUCCGCGCUCCGGCUGAUGUUGAAGAGGGUCUCUGGCGCACCUUCAAUGAGCACACGGGAGGCAAAUCAAACAAGAAGAGUGUGGAGUCAGUUCGCGUAAUCCGUGAUAGCAGCACCCGUGUUGGCAAGGGCUUUGCGUACGUCCAGUUCUACGAUGCCAACGGUGUCGAGGAGGCUCUUCUGCUCAACGAAAAGAAAUUUCCUCCCAUGUUGCCUCGGAAACUGCGUGUCACUCGCGCCAGGAAGAUGAUGAAGAAGCGUGAUGACGGUGGCAAGGAUUCGCGAAAGGGAGACUUGGCCCAGAAGACGCUCCAGGGUCGUGCGGGCAAACUGCUUGGUCGCGCCGGUGCAGCCAAGAUUAAGGAAGCUGGCAAGGGCGGCAUCGCCGGCAACUCCUUCGUUUUCGAGGGUCACCGUGCCACAGAGGGAUCUUCGUCGAUCAAGGUGAAGACAAAGAGCCGUGGCUCAAAGGGCAAGCCCAAGGGCCGGAGCAGUAAGCGCGCUGCCGCAUACCGGGCUGCUGGUGGACAGAAGCCGUGA